AUGUCCGCGGACGGAGAAGAGAUCGAUAGACCAAGUUAUAAGGCCUUGGAAGAAGCCCUGAACUGCAUGAAGAAAGCUUACGACAUCAUGAGAGGGGAGGCGUUGGAAGUUCAAAAAGAGAAAGAAGCCUUUGAUUCUGUUGCAAAGAAACUGGAACACGUGAACUUUGCCUCUACUGUCAAGUUAAAUGUCGGCGGUCAGCUAUUCAGUACAAGCCUACAAACGCUGAGAAAGGAUCCAGGCUCGAUGUUACACGCCAUGUUUUCAGAAAGAUUUGACACAAAACCAGCUGAGGAUGGAACUUACUUCAUUGACCGCGAUGGAACACACUUCCGGUAUAUUCUAAACUACCUUCGAACAGGGCGGCUCCUUGUACCAGAGGAUCGAUUGGUGCAAAAGGAACUGCUAGAAGAAGCUGAGUUCUAUCAGAUACGUGGAAUCAUCGAUGAAUUAUGUCCUCCACCAUUUUUAGAGUCCAACAUCCUAUCCGAUGAACAUAAGGACAUACUAGUGAAGAAGUGGCUCACAGAUCAACUGAAGUCUCCUCACUCCACCUUUGUGCUGCUCUAUCGUGCCUCUCGCGAUGGAUGGUCGUCAGCUGCUUUCCACGCCUUUUGUGACAGUAGAGGGCCAACUGUGGUAGUGGUAAAAACUGAGCACAGUGUGUUUGGAGGUUUCACAGAGCAGUCAUGGGAUUGUAAGUAAUUUGUGCACGUUCCUGCUCUGAGGUUUUUAAGUAGUUCUCAAUAUUUAUGUCUCAUCGCAAGUGCUGUUCAAUUAAUUCCUUAUUAUAUUGUAAGCUGAGUUAUACACCCCUUUUGGUAGGUUCUUACCUAUGAUCUCUUGGAGUACUAGCAUAGAUCAAGUCUCCAUUGAGAACAUUUUGCCUUUUUAUUAUAGAAAACAAACACAUCCCAUGUUGCCGUAGGUCUGUUUAGUAAUUGAUCACAGAAGACGUCAUAAUUUGGUAAGAAUAUCAGUGAUACACCCACCUGCACCUCCAGUGCCACUUUUUUGUUCUUACCACAUUUUAUCAUCAUAGAACUAUUGAUCUAUUGCUGAACAGACACACAGCAACAUUGAAUCCUAAAUACAAUUUUAUCUAUUUUAGCUUCUACUGGCCACAAAUACUGCAAUGGGUCAUUCAUAUUUAGCCUUGUCAACCCAUCUGAUACUGGACCAACCAAACUGCCCCUAAUACCUAAUCGAACCAAGUAUGGAAUAUACUGCAACAGUGGAUUAGGCCCAACCUUUGGAGGUGGACAUGACUUAACUAUCUGUGAUGAAGCAAAUUUAGCCACCAACAGUUACAGUUCCUUGGGAAAUACUUAUGAAUGCCCACCUCACAUCACUCCUUCUACAUUUCUUUGUGGUAACAAGAAUUUUAUGGCUAGUGAGCUAGAAGUAUUUUGUCUCAAAAAAUGGGCAUAAAUUUUAAUUCAAAGGUUGACUUUGCUUGUGAAGGUGGUAUGGUCAAACUGUUUUUUAGAAAUAUUUAGAAUAAAGUGCUAUGGACCCAAUUUUCUUUGUGCAAUUAGCAAAUUAAGACACCUUCACAAAAAAAAAAGAAUAAACAAAAAAUAAAUACCACGAGGUAUAUUUUUUGUCUUCAACACAUGCUUCAGGACUUUUUGUAGUUCUUGGGGGAUGGUAUCCCAUAAUUUGGCCUCUAGUCUUGAGAAAGAUUUAGAUUGUAAGUUAGGUCGUAAAUGUUUUACUUGAUAAUUGCAGGCUGAAGAGAAUCUUAAUAUAUAAUUGUGAUUAGGUAUCUCUUUUGAGCAAUUAGAAAGAUAAGUAAUAUUCAUAAGUAACAUCGUGCAUUUCAACUGGAAAAGAUUCAAAAUAAGCAUAUUCACUUUGAUAUAGUAUUGGAGGAGAGGAAAAGAGGAAUCAUCUGACAAGUGACCUAUAACGUGUCUAUCUAUGAGGCAAAGGGCAUGCUUUUGUAAAACCAGAACUUAAUCAAUUAAAGUCUGUGUGGCUUCCUGGCCCCCAAAUGCAUACAGCAAUGCAGUAGGAUAAAUAAGGGAAGCAGUCAAAAUGAACUCUGUUUU